AUGACAGUUGAGAACUACGGGUUGCCAUGGUACUGCGUGAGGCUCACCACGCCUGGUUUGCUGUGGGGAAAGGUCAAACGCACGUUUAAAACAAAGAUGCACCUCACAGUGAGAUCAGAGCGAGGCGAGACGGUGCGAGCAGGCACGUGGUGCAGCAGACGAGACUUCCUCUUCUCCUGGUCCGCGCUAUCUCCUAUUGGAUUCUUUCACAACCGACAGUGGCAGCCCGCGCUGUGUACGUACCCCACAGACGACACUGCCCUCAAACACUGCCUCUCAAACAGACGACUGCUAAUGUUUGGAGACUCAACAGUCAGGCAGAUGUUCUCGUACAUUCACGCGAGACUGAACAUGACGUUCAUGACCAUGAACUGGGUAGGUAAAAAAUGGCACCGGUACACGGGGGCAGAAAGAGAAGACAGUAACUUCCAGAUGUCGUGGAGUCCUCAUGGACUACCGUUGUAUUUCUUUGAAUCUGGGCGUGGCGUUUCGAGACCUGUCCAUGUCGCUCUUGAUGAAGUACCAGCUGGGUCACGUGACAUCGUCCUCAUCCAUCUGUAUGCCCAUUUCCACUACCAUCACCCCGGUGUAGUCCGAAACAACCUCCGCCUUAUUGUGCGGUCAGUAACACACUUGCUUCAGCGGGCCCCGGAUGUAGUGGUAGCCAUCAAAGGACCACAUUCGUUUGGUCUCAAGAACCGGUUCAUAGGCGGAUACUGGGGUCCGACAUAUGCGGAUAUCAUAAAGGAUGAGUUCAGCGGUCUGUACGACAAGGUGGCGUACCUCAACUACUGGGAUAUGAGCAUCGCUCUACACUUGAAUGAUGUACACCCAGAUGCAUAUGGGGUGGAGAAAAUGACUCAAAUGUUUCUAGGAUAUGCUUCCACUGAGUCAUUUCAGCUACGACAAUAA